GGAGUCUUGGACCCGACCAAUUCACGUGAUCAGCUGAGUAGCGAUGACGCAAUCACAAUAAUCUCCCGCAGUGCUAGAAACUUUAAAGAGAAGUUUAAGACGAAUCUUAAUUUAAAUCGUAAAUUAAACUUGUAAGUGUCGGGAAAUCCCCUUAAAUGACAACUGGGCGCUUCGUCGGAGCCGAAGCGGCGUGGAAAAGCAAUUGGAGCGCCUAGGCCCAAUCCCGAUCGACUACGAUGUCGGGACGCGGGGAGCGGGGCCAGAGACGUGCGGUUCACAACAAGGAGCGCCGCCGAGGGAAGCGACCGACGGGAGGAGGAGGUGGGGGAGGAGGAGGAGUUGGAGUUGACCCCGUGGAUGAGUUCAAGUCGUUCUCCAAGCAGCUGUUGGCACUGGGAUUGAAGAUACGCGAGGUGGCAGGAGAUGGGAACUGCCUGUUCCGAGCGCUGGGCGAUCAGCUGGAUGGCGACGUGGGGGGGCACCUAAAGCACCGCGAGCACACGGUGGAGUUCAUGCGCGCUCACCGCGCUCACUUCGAGCCCUUCCUGGAGGACGACGUGCCCUUCGAGCGGCAUGUCGCGAACCUGGCUAAACCCGGAACAUUUGCGGGCAAUGAUGCCAUCGUGGCGUUUGCUCGGAGCCAUGAAGUUGUGGUCGUCAUUCACCAGCUCAACGCACCUCUCUGGGAGGUGCGUGGCACGGACAAGGCAGGUGCCCGGGAGCUGCACAUCGCGUACCGGCACGGGGAGCACUACGACAGCGUGCGGCGUGUCGGGGACAACACGCACUGCCCCGCCAGCCUCCACACCAAGGCGCUGAGCAUGGAUGAGGAGAACCGUAACCGCGGUGGGAGCAAUCACUCCCCGAGUUCCCCCGCACGGCGCUCCGAGCGUGACGAGCAGGGCGCCCUUCAGAGAGUGAAGCACGCAACAGGGUGUCAGAACGAGCUGCUGGUGCGUCAGUCGCUUGAGGAUGCGGGCUUCAACGAAGACACGGCCAUCGGGGUCGUGCUGCAGACCAUGGAGGCCCUCACCUCGUCUGCUCAUGAUGAGGUAGAAAAGGCUGUGACCUCGUCGCUGCUGCUGGACGAUCCAAACCUCCCGAGCGGACCAGAUGAGAGGAACCUCCCACACAGCUCCCACGACGACAGAGAUUGCGACGAUGACGAUGAGAGGCGGAAGCGUGGAGCCAGGCAGAAGCAGCAGCAGCAGCAGCACACCAAGCAGACCGGCGCUCGCCAGAAGCGCGAGAACAAGCGUCUCGAUAAGAAGAGGCGGCAGGUGGAGCGGCACAGGCAGCGGGUGCUGGGCGAGCACGGAAACUCCGCCGGGGGUGGCGGUGGCGGAGCUGAUACGUCCGACGGUGCUCUCCCCGUCACUCUCACCAAGGGGCUGUCCACGCUCAGCAUUUAAAGUCUGUCGAAUGGAAGAGACCUCAGUGAUGCCACUGUUCUCUCUCGGUCUCUCUCUCUCUCGCUGGGUCUCGAUUCUUAUUUAAGUUUGUGGUGGGGAUUUUUUUUAUUUGUGAAUUUUGUUCGGGUUGCGUUGAAUCGCUGCUGCGGUCUAGGCAUUCGACAUUUGCAGCGUGAGUUCAGAUCCCGGUCGUGAUGUUGACGCAGCCCAUUGUCGUGAUCGUCAUCAUCAUACGCUCAUCAUUUAGGGCAGCAGGGUGGCAACACAAGGGGAACACGUGUGCCUAACGGCAAGAAGGGACCUGGGUUCUACUCCUGACUCGGGUACCUUUCGGUGUGUGGAAUUUGUUUGUUCUCACCCUCUAUCCCGCAUCAGUUUCAUAAUCAGAAUAUUUAUACUGGAUUCAUUCAAUGGGCUAUGAAGCUUUUUUUCACAGAUAUCCAUCUAUGAUGUCAACUGGACAUUCUUCCGGAGAGAAAAAAAAAAAACACAAUUUUACUGGCAUUGGCCAAAAUAACCACAAUGAUGAAAAUAUUUCCAUGCGCAUCAUUCAAUUGGGAUUACACACAGCCCCGUCCUGCAAAAAACUUGGCAGGACCCACAUGAAGAUGAGUUUUGAGGCUUUCCCGCAGGCCACACAGAACUUUCAAAUACCUUUUGGCGGGCGACCAUACAAUAACACAUAAUCUAAUAAUAAAAAAUAACAUAGUGUCAACUGAGGAUUGUAUUUUAUGAUAAAUACACCCGCUGUAAUAACCAGGGCAGCCUGUUAAAAAUCGAACCGCAAGCCUCUGCAUCGAGCAGCGGCCUCUGCUACCGCUGGGACGCGUCACCGUCUGAUUGCGUCACAAUAAUUUUCAUCUGUCAUAGGUUCACCAUGAUCGUCACUCGGCCGGACCCACUGCUCGGCGAUCGACUCAAUCAGUUUAAUUCCUGAUUGGGGGUGGGGGGGGGGGGUUGACUCAGCUCAUUUAAAAUAUCUCUUUGGGGUUCAUAAUAUUGGUACCACUUUGUACAAAGUCAUAAUUCAUGUUACAAUAAUGAUAUCACCAACCUAUUAAUCAUUAUGCAUCACUUUAACAAUCGUUACGACAUCAACGUCCUUAUGUUUAGGUCUGUCAUCUCUAUCAACAUCACUACCACCACUAACCUAUCAUCUUCUUGUACCAGGUGGAUACAUUGAGUACCACCAAGUUAAGGCUACUAACAAUACAUUGUAGGGAAUUGAUAGUGGCUGCUGCCAUUAUAUUUAAUUAGAAUAGUCUGGGUGCUACCAUAGUAAUGUUGAAUUUCAUCAGCUGGUGACGAGACCUCGCGUGCAAAACGGAAACUUUUUUUUUACGUAUAUAAACGUUCACUUUGAACUACAGAAUUCGGCAUUGAGUUACUGUUAAGUCAUGCACCGAAUCGAGCGCACGACGAUGUCUGGGUUGGUGUCUCGGGAUUGCCGCUUAUGUUUUAAAUAUGUUUUCCAUUGUAAAAAUGUGCGUCUCUUCGACUGUGUAACUGGAAAAGCCAAUGUGAACACAAGGGUCCCUUGUAUAAUUUAAAACAAAAAUUUCCUCGUAGAUUUCUCUUUUGUCAUUUUUUUCUCCCCAAUAAUGUUCAUUAUCCCCACUGCUGUCGAUAUUGUGGCAAGAGACGAUAACUUUUUUUAGACGAACAACGUUCGUCAUAGGAAUGGAUAAAAUCGAACACAUUUUGAUAGAACCAUAAGAGGUAUUUACAGAUUUUUAUUGUCGCAAAAGUGUUGCUUCGUCAUCUUGUUUCGCUCCAUUAUAGGGUAAAUGCUCAACCCUAAUGUCUUGGCAAGGCAGAAACAAUGAGCACUCGGUGGAAAGUCAACAGUGGCUGUCCUGUGGAGAGACUGGCUCUCACCAUAGCAAUGUGGAAUUGCCACCACUGUGCCCUUGGUGGACGAUGGAGAUGUGGGCACAGCCCUGACCCUUAUCUAUGACUAAUCCUGACCUGACAACAUAUAUCUAGCCCUAAUCCUCACUCUAACCCAUAACCUCGACGAAACCAUAGUGCUAGCUCCUAAACCUGACACCGACCAAACCUGAACUCUAACCUCAAAACUAAAACCUGACUUUAAAUCAUAGCUGUAACCCCACUAAAACCUUACCAUGACUAAACCUUAAACCUGAUUCAAAACCACAGCUUCAUCCCCAUAACCCUAGACCUGACUGAUUUAACUGAACCCUAGUCAUUUAAUCUUGACACUACACCACACCUUUAACCUUGUAUAUAAGCUAUUGCUCUAACUUCUAUACCGGAUCUUAUCUCAAUAAACUAUUUCCCUGACCUGACUUCUUUUGUAAAAUUGCUCUGUAAAGCCAAUUUGUGGGGAGGGGGGGGGAAUGUAAAAUUAUAUAUACGCAUCGAGAUAAGAAUGGUGUUGUGAUGUUGAAGAGCACUUAAUUAUUGAGUUGCGUGUGUUUCACAUCAUUUCAAACUUGAAAAUAAACCAAAUGCAUUGA